AUGCACACAACGGUCUAUCCGAGCAUCUCGGCCCCUUUGCCUGUGCUUAUGCUGCUGGCCUCCCCCACGGGCUGCUCUGGCCCGGGUUUCCUGAGCAGCUGUCGUCAUUGUUUCUCAUUUUCGGGCGUUCUUUUUUUUUUUUUUUUCAGGGAGACGAGACAAAAGUUUGAUAUUACCAUUUUCGCUUUUACCCAUUCUUAUUACUACCACUACUAGUUUUAUUUUUGCUUAUUACCGCCAACGAAUGGAGGGGUCGCCUCUCGGAGCCUUUUACCAACUUUGGACGGCUUCGAUUUAUCCCCCUCACAGCGCUUUUUUUCCCAUUCUCAGUCAAUAUUCCCCAAUUCUCUUAUCAGCCGCUUUCACCGUCACCUUCCACCACAUAUGCGGCCGACGUCCAUCCAGGGUGUCGCUCCGCUUUCCGACUCUUAUCUACGACUCUUUAUCUUCCCAACUCUAACAUAUCUCCCUUACCUCUUAUCUUUCCUCUAUCUCUCUCCUCCUCCUUUUUGUUUUACAAAGAUUUUUUUAUCGCCUCUGGGCACAAAAAUGAAUGAUAUAUAAGAUGGGAUAGAUAUAAAAUAUGGUGUGGCUAUUUAAUGGACGGCGUUUUUUUUUUCC